GCCGGGAUGAGAAAACUCGCAGGAGGAAAGGAACACCGUCAGGAAAAAAACGAAGAAGUCCAUAAUAGAGCAGAAAUAAUAAGAUCACUCGUCAGAACUGCAGAGCGCCAACCAUUAUAGAUAAGAAGCGUCCUCGAAAAUCCAAAAAGGGCGCGUGGCAGCCCCACAAAAGUCUGCGAUAUUUGUUUAAUCUCACAAAAAUCAACCGUACCCAAAACGAAGAAGCAGACUCUCUCCUCUCUAUCUCUCUCGAGUACCUAAUCGUUAAACGAGAGGACCGGUUGAAGAGAAACCCGGAGAGGGAGACGCCAUGGCCACUGCUUCUUUGUGUUGUUCGGCUCGGAUCAAUGCAUUCGAUGGAGGGCUUCGGAUUCAAAGGAGCUACCUUUUCCAACCAACUUCACUUCCUGUUCCCAGGAGAAAAGUUCAGUCAAUAACGAGGGCAACUUCUCGUGUUGAUAAGUUCUCGAAAAGUGAUAUCAUCGUUUCACCAUCUAUCCUGUCUGCUAAUUUUGCGAAGUUGGGAGAGCAGGUCAAAGCAGUCGAGGAAGCGGGAUGUGAUUGGAUCCAUGUUGAUGUAAUGGAUGGUCGUUUUGUGCCCAAUAUCACCAUUGGACCUCUUGUGGUUGAUGCUCUGCGCCCUGUGACAGAUCUCCCCUUAGAUGUGCACUUGAUGAUCGUGGAACCUGAUCAACGUGUGCCAGAUUUUAUCAAGGCUGGGGCUGACAUAGUCAGCGUUCACUGUGAACAAUCUUCCACCAUCCAUUUACAUCGUACAGUAAAUCAGGUAAUUUCUAUAUCUGCUUUCUCGUGUUGGGUGAAUGAGGUGUAAGAACUGGCAGGAUGUCUUGGAUACUUGAAAUAGCUUGGCAGUUGCCUUAUUUAUCGUCUCAAUUCACUGGUUAACCUCAGGGGUUGGGCAACUAAUCGAAACGCAUACACUCUUAAUACCAGACAAUUCUUUGUAUUACUUUCGUUUUUUGUCUUAAAAACAAGAAAGAGUAGCAACCCGAUACAGCACAUGUACUUUGCCCCAAAAAAAUCAUUGAUAGCUGGCACUACUUUAUUUUCAGUGGUUUUAAUUUAUGAAACCUAGUACUCUACUUGCUGUAAACUCUACCUGUUUCAAAGAUAAUGUUAGAUGCCCACGUUUACACGUCCUUUUUCGUUUUCGUUUUCGGAACUUGAUCUUGACUUUCACAUAUUUCAUCAGUUGUGGUAUUUGCUCUGUUCAUUUUCCAUUCUCCUGCAACUAGAUAAAAAGCCUUGGAGCCAAAGCUGGAGUUGUCUUGAACCCUGGCACCCCUUUGGGUGCUAUUGAAUAUAUUCUUGAUGUGGUUGAUCUGGUCUUGAUUAUGUCGGUGAACCCUGGUUUCGGUGGUCAAAGCUUCAUUGAGAGCCAAGUAAAGAAGAUUGCUGACCUACGGAGAUUAUGUGUGGAGAAGGGAGUAAAUCCAUGGAUAGAGGUUGAUGGUGGUGUUGGUCCUAAAAAUGCUUACAAGGUUAUUGAGGCUGGAGCAAAUGCUUUAGUUGCUGGUUCGGCUGUUUUUGGCGCCAAAGAUUAUGCUGAAGCUAUAAAAGGAAUCAAAACCAGCACAAGGCCAGUAGCAGUACCAGCAUGAAGUUUGAUCACCUAUAUCAACUUUGAUUAGUUACUGGGAAGCUUCUUCAUGUUCGCACAUAAUACGCACAAAGCAGAUACAGGUGGCAGAUUCCUCCUCUGGUGUUCGAUGAGCAAUUGUCUGUUGGUCCGAGUUCCUUGGUGGCCAACAGCUACAAAAUAAAAUUUUAAAAAGAAACUUGGUGGCAAGAAUUGGUGCCACAAGGUAUAUUUUGUAUUAUAUCCAGCCACGGGUACUGAAUAUUUCAUGCCGCUCUGCUUCAAAUCCAAGAAAAGUUUUUCUAUCGGGUUCAUACUUUUGUUUUGACUUAAAAUUCACAAGAUAUACUGGAAAAUUUAAGCAAAGUAAGCCAGCUACAAUUUAGUAUACAUCCUUCCUGGCGGCAAACAGGGCAGGCGCCCCUUAUCUAGUGGCGGACCCAGAAUUGUC